GUCGCCUGCUGCUUCUGUUAUUGAGUGCUUUGUUGAUUCCGGGGAAUUGGUUUUGUUUGUCCGUGGAUGAUGGGAUCGAUUGUUCGUUACUUUUUGUGAAUUUUGAGUUGCUACCCUGCUAAAUCGCUGUCGUGGAAGAAACCGCCUUCCGUUUUGCUCUUUUUCUUUCUUUUUCUUGUAAUCAUUUGGUUCCAGUGCAAUAUUCCGGUGAUAGAAAUAUAAUGCGGAAUCGGCCAUAGUGGUUUUCUGCCAAAGUGGUGGCCAUGUAAAUUUUAUUUCCUGGGGAAAUAGUUGUUAAAUAGUUGGUUGAUGUCGUUUUUUGGGCUCUUUUUACAAUGGUUGGUAACCGACUUGCGAGAGGGGUAGGCCUCUUAUGCAGAUUAUGCAUAUAGAAGUUGGUCUCGAGUUCCUCGUUGUGCACCGUUGGUUCGUCUAGAGAUAUGUAUUAUCAUCGUAUGCAGUAUCAUGACUAUAUUAUGCUUGUUUUGAUGGUUGAGAAACGAUACAACGUACAACAUGGAUCAAAAUUGAGCGCAUGUAAUGUAACUGAAGUAGAAGGUCUCACAGAGAGUAGUUGAUUUUCCAAUAUCAUGUUAUUGUAAUGGAUAACUAAAGUUAAGAUGCCGUACCAUCUUUUUUUCGUAGGUCAUUACUUUAAGUUAUUUGAAGGACUUUUUUUUUUUUUAAAAGCAAGCGUAAAUAUCACAUUUUGAAAAGAAAAAAAAAAUCAUGACCUAGGAAUAAGCGGAAAUGGCAUUCGUGUGUUUGGUUUAAAGGUUUCUACCUUUUCUCCUAUAGAUUGAGGUUAGUUUCUUAACCAUCUGUGAUUCAUUUUAUGUGUAAUCAGUUCACUGCACUUUCGCCCAUGCAUUGAACAUGUAACUAUCCCUAGGCCCUAAUUAAUAAUAGCCAGGUUUAAUCUUUUAUUGGAUAUCUUCUCCACUUUUACCUUGUGUUUAGUUUUUUUGGUUUAACUUGCUUUAGAGGAUGGUAAGUUCUUGAAACAAAAUAUGUCUAACAGUUGAGCACAGUUUAAUUUUCAUCUGCAGGUUUCCUGUAAUCGUCACAUCUGUCAAGUCCGGAGCACUUCUGGAUUUCUGUCUUGGAACUAUUUUUUGAUGCACCCGUUUGAUUGGUCUCAUUUAUGAACAGUGUCUGGCUUAAUCUACAAGCAUUUGAAAGCCCUCUGCUGCAAUCAUUCUGCAUGUUAAAAGAUUGACAAUCAAAUCGGGGGGACUCAGGACCUCGUAUUUUCAUGAUUCAUGGUGUCAAUUUUUCAAAAAAGUAGCACUCUAAUGGGAAGAAGAGGAUCCUGGUGUUUGUUGCUUCUUCUUCUUCAUCUUACUUUAUGUGAGUCGUCAAAUGGAUUAAAAGGACUCUGGGCUUCCAGCAUAGAUGGAUCAGCAGAUUUGAUGCACAGCUGGCCAAUUGUUAGUGCAGGCAUAUUUGUGCUAAUUGCCCUUGCUUUGUCCUUGUUUCUUAUCAUUGAGCACUUAAAUGUGUACAAUCAACCUGAGUUCAUUUCAUUGUUGGAUUCAAAGAUGGCAUUUAAUUGCCAAAUAAUGCGUGACUGUUAUGAAGCUUUUGCACUAUAUUGUUUUGAGAGAUACCUGAUAGCAUGUUUAGGUGGUGAAGAGAGCACUAUCAAGUUCAUGGAGGGACAAGAUACAAUAGGUUCGAUGACACCCCUUCUGGAUUCAUCUUAUGCGGAUGGGGUUGUUAAACAUCCAUUUCCAUUGAGUUGGUUUAUAAAGCACUGGUAUCUUGGUCCUGACUUCUACCAAGCUGUAAAAAUUGGCAUAGUUCAAUAUAUGAUACUGAAGACAAUUUGUGCAUUUUUGGCAAUUGUCUUCGAGUUUUUUGGGGUAUAUGGAGAUGGGAAAUUUGAUUGGCAUUAUGGUUAUCCGUAUCUUGCAGUUGUUCUGAACUUCAGUCAAACCUGGGCUUUAUAUUGCCUUGUGCAAUUUUAUGCGGUAACCAAAGACAGGCUAGAAUCAAUCAAACCUUUGGCGAAGUUUCUCAUGUUCAAGUCUAUAGUUUUCUUGACCUGGUGGCAAGGUGUUGCUGUUGCAUUCCUAUUCUCUAUGGGGGCUUUUAGGGGUGCUUUGGCUCAAGAACUGAAGACAAAGAUCCAGGACUAUAUCAUUUGCAUUGAGAUGGGUGUAGCUGCUGUUGUUCAUCUUUAUGUUUUCCCUGCAAAACCUUAUGAGCAUGGAGAAAGGUGUGUGCGUAAUGUUGCUGUCAUGGCCGACUAUGCAGCUCUCGAGGCACCACCAGAUUUAGAAGAGCUGAGAGACUGUGAAAGGUCAACUAGGAUUCGAUAUACUCGCCCUGAUGAGAGAGACAAACGGUUGAAUUUUGGGCAAAGUGUUCGUGAUGUCGUCGUGGGUAGUAGUGAAAUAAUGGUUAGUGACGUCAAGUUUACAGUUUCGCAUGUGGUAGAGCCUGUAGAGCGAGGGAUCACACGGAUGAAUGAAACCUUUUCACAAAUAUCUGAGAAUGUAAAACGCCUUGAAAGAAGGAAGAAAAAUUCGAAGGAUGAUAGCUAUCUUGUUCCAAUGCAAUCGUGGAGUGGUGACUCGAAAAAUCGUACCUACGAAAGCCUCAGUGACAGUGGUCUGUCAGGCAGGAAGAGAAGCCAGAACCCUGAUGAUGAAUGUGGCUCCACAGAUAAUAGAUCCCGUCGCGGCAGGUGGUUAUAAGGAUUAAUCUAGUUCAAGUUAUUGCAAUCAACAAUGCUGUUCUGACCUGUCCACUGGGUUUCAGGUAAUGAAUACUUUCGACACGUGUCCGUCAUGUCUGCUUAAGAAAUUUGCAUCUCAAUGACCUUGGUAAUCUUCUCAGCUCAGUGUUGGCGACUAUGCAUUUGUCUGUCUGCCUUUGCGUGGAAAGUAAUAUUGAUGGAUUUCUGACUAAAAUGACCCAUCAUCUAUCAAGAGCCCUUGUUACGGCAUUUCGUUCUCAGGCAUUGGUACCUCGUGUGCCAUGGCUGUUAUGGGCUUGGUUUAGUUGGAUCAUCAGCUUGCUCAAGUGAUGAAGAUCUUUAUACAUGUGACGGACGUCGAGGCUGAUGAACUAUAUACUAUACUGUUCUUUACAUGCCCACAUCAAAUGUUUCAGACAUGAAUUUCAUUGCAGGCUGCGGUUAUCACCCUGGCAAAGACCCCCACGGGGGUGGGUGGGCGCGGCGGUGUCCAGGGCGAAGCUAAUCAACUGUUGGCCAUGUGGUGCUUCAUGUUCCAAAAUCCUUGUAGCCAGUUUCCUAUAUGGUAAAAUGUAACAUAUGAAUUACCUUGCAAAUUCAAACAGUUGGAUGCCACAUCGAAAAAAAAUUCAAUAUAGAAACCAAGUGAUUCAUUAGAUUCCUGAUUCUGAGAAUACAAUUUUAUAAAAACAAAUUUGUUAGUAAA